GAGUCUUCGUGUCUCGUGUCAAACCCUCCUUCCUGCGCAGCGAGUGUGCCACGCAGCAGGAUGCCGAGAAUGAAUCAUUUGGAGUGCGGAAAUUUGAAUUGGGGCUUUGCGCGAUUCCGAGGCCAGUACCAUGUGGAUGCAGAGCAGGGUAUCGGACGCCGGGUGCUGCUGUCGGGGACCGACGCGCUCUUCAGGCUGUCCGUCCGUGAACGAGGACUGCGGAGAUUUGUGCUCUGCCGAGCGGAGGACCACGACGAUGUGCGAAACUGAAUCUUGUGUCUUGACUCUUUGCGCGAACCGGCGACGACGAGCGUGUCCGGGAGUUGAUCGGGCCUUUGGUCGCAAUCAUGGGAUUGAAGUCCAAAAGGGGCGGGAGGAGGCCUCGAAUCGAAGUGAGGUCUAAUGUUGACUUCGGCUGGUAUGAUGGAUAUCUUGCUGUUGUUAAGGAUGACGAAGCCGACCCGGACAAACUUAAAGUGCGCGUGCACUUCACAGAUUUUGAGGAGUCGGAGGAUGAAUUUUGGGGUUUGGAAAUUCUCCGGAGCGAAUCUGAAAUCAGGAAGAGAGUGAGAUUGCUUUCGCACCAGCUUCAAGACAAGGAGUGCUUCAAGGUUGCCCAAGGCUUAACCGUUUGCGCUAAUUACAAGUCCCCCGACGGCUCUGAAUGCAAGUAUUAUGACGGGGUCGUCACAAAGGUGGUAAAGGCGGCCCAUGAGAGGCUUGACCGUGUGGAGAUUUGCAACUGUAAAUUUUCUAUCCGAUGGUCGGAAGGGCCUAUGAGAGGAACAGAAACCACUUUGAAGUGCCCAGAUAUAUCUUUGAUUGUAGCGCGAAAUAUUGACCAUCAUCCUGUCGUCAGUGUUCUUCUAAAAUUCGCUAAAGACCACCCUGUGGUAACACCCGGAGGACCUCAGGACGUUGAACCCGUGCUCUCUCUGCUUGCCAAGCCCGAUGCAAGCCCCCCUGGCCAUAAGCUUUCAUCGCAGAGGAGUCCAGAGCUGGAACUUGAAGUCUCACUAGAGGAAGAGCUUGAGGCUGAAGAGGUACGAGAGCAAGAAAAUACAGAAGAUGGUAAUCUUGAGAUUAAUGAGGAAAGGAAACAACAGGAAAGCUUAGACGAGGAGGGAGCAAGGAAUACCGAACAAGAGAGUCUGAGAGAGGAGACGCUUGAGGUUGAAGCCAUACAGGAAUGGGAAAGCACUAGAAUAUCGGACCUUGAGGCUGUUAAGGUGAAGGUACCGGAACAGGUUCGAGAUAAGGUGGACAAUUUUGAAAUACAAGAGGUCCAGGAGGUGGGGGUCUUGAGAGAAGAAGAACCUGAAAACCAGGAGUAUCCGGAGCAGGAGUUAAAUUUGAAGCCCCAAGGACAAGAGAGUCAGAUUAACGAUGUUGGCUUAGAAGAUGAGGAGCAGGACGAAAAUCCCGGUGUGGAUUACAUGGAAUUAGAUUGGGAUGAGGAGCUUUUAGUGGAAAAAUUGAUGGACGAAUCCAAUUUACAUUACAGAGCAUGUGAUGAUGAAAUCCUAGACCUUCCCAGUGAUGUUGCAGAACAUUUGAAAAAUUUUCAGUUAGUUCAAGACUGUCUAGCUAAAGAAACUCUUGAACUUGAGAAGUUUUUAAAUAAACAAAGCAAAUCUUGAC